GUCAGCGAGCAGCGGCAUAAUAACAUUUGGUUUUACAAACCAUAAAGAAUGUAUCGACAGUGCGCUUAAAAGGAAACUUUUUGCAACAAAACUUUCCCCGAAACAUGUGGGACAACAUCCAAUUUUGUAAGAAACCUGCAAAGGCAUCACAAAGAGAGACAGCAGCAGGUGAAAGAUGCAGACGCUUGUUUUCUUCGUCCUCAUGUUAACACAAACACAUGCAGAUCCUCCUGCACUUCAAACUCUUCUGACACACAAGAGUCUCACACACGGGUCUCAGAUGAUGUCAGUGUGGAUCCAGCAGAAACUGAAGAGCACUGGACUUCCAGAGGUUCAUGGUAAUGUGGACAUCGGCAUCGGCACUAUAGACUUCACCCUCUCAAACAUGCAGAUUGUGCAGAGCAGUAUUGCAGGUUUCACACCGGCGUUUGUGCAGGGAACAGGUGUAUCUGUCAAGAUCACUCAGCUCUCAUUGGCUGUCACCGGCGGCUGGGCCACACACUUCGGCAUCAUUCAUGACGGCGGUUCAUUUGAUCUGCGGGUGAACAGUAUUAAUGUCAACACACUGCUUGAGUUCAGUGAUGAAUCAGCUCGUCUCUUCGUCUCCAUCAUAUCCUGUACUGCUGAUGUCACAGGUGUGGACGUCAACUUUCACGGAGGAGCAAGUUUUGUCUUUCAGCCGUUUGUCAGUCAGUUUAGAGGACAGAUCGCAGAUAUGAUACGUCAGCAGAUUUGUCCAGCAGUAGGUCAAGUGAUUGAUGAUGUAGAGAAACACCUUCAGCAGAUAUCUGUGAAUGUAGCUGUGGAUCAGAAUAUCUAUCUGAGUAUUCCUCUGACGUCUUCUCCCAUCGUGACAGAUGACAGCUUUCAGUUAGACAUGAAGGGUGAAUUCUACAGCAUCAGUUCUCCGUCUGAACCGCCGUUCUCUCCUGAAGUGUUUGACCUGCCGUCCACAGAAGACUACAUGAUGUCUGUGGGUCUGUCAGAAUUCUUCAUGAAUUCAGCUGUGUAUUCAUACUUCAGCGCUGGACUGCUUCACAUCCGCAUCACAGAUGACAUGAUACCCCAGAGUUCACCGAUCCAUCUGAACACCAGCCAGUUCAGCAUCUUCAUCAAACAGCUGUCUACAUUAUAUCCAGACAUGAAGAUGCAGGUGAUGUUAUACGCCAGUGAGACGCCGAUGUUCUCCUUCAGUCCAGGAGAGAUGAGUCUUCAUGUACCCGCUUCAGCAAAGUUCUCUGCUGUUCAACGUGACGGCGCUCUGACACCUCUCUUCAGACUGGACGUGAACGGAUUCUUCGUUGGAAAUGCUCAGAUUCAAAAUCAACAUCUGACCGCAGCUUUCAAAUUAAAAAAUUUAACUCUGACUCUCGGAUCUUCUGAAAUCGGUGAUUUCAAGACAGAAGCACUUGAACGAGUGGUAAAGAUGGUAGUGAACAUGUUUGUUCUUCCAAAGUUGAAUGAGCAGCUGCAGACUGGAGUUGAGUUACCUGUACCACAGGGCUUCAGUCUGAGUGAAAGCAACAUCAUCCUGAAGAACGGAUUUCUGCUCAUUCUGACAGAUGUUGAAGUCGCGUCAAGCCAUCUCUAAGAUGCCAACACUGAACGUGUCAAACAAAUACAUACAUGCAGUUUCUGUUCACGCUGCAGUGAAUCGAGAAUCAUUCUUGACAUCAUGUGGUUUUCUUCAGUUACGUUCUUUCACAUUCUAGGUAAACUCAUUUGUUAUCAAAAUAAUCGUACAUUCAUGUCUGAGGAACAGACAACAUUGACACCUGCAGCAGAGAACUCUGCAAUAAAGCAAUAAACAACAAACAAUGAAAAAGUAUCUUUUCAGUUAGAUGGAUGUUGUGAUCAGUCAAAUAAAAGAACGGAAGAAGCAUUUCUGGUUUCAUGU